GCUUAGGGCAAAGGGAGGGAAAACAAGAGCAGCAGUUCUAUGUGUCUUUGCUUCAGUUCCAAGACACAGGCACCAACAGGACACGUGUCUUUUUUUGGAGCGGGGUGGAGGACACCUGUUGCAACUGAAAGCAAGACAGGAUUUUAAAGUGGUUUUUAAGGUCUGCCAGAUCUCUCAGGUGGUUGGUUUCUCUGCAUUUUAACUCCACCUUCUGAGAGGGAGGCGCUCUGGUUCCUAUGGUGAUGCGGCAGCCCCUUUCCAGACCUGGAAACAGCUCUUGCAUGAUGGGGGACUUGCAUAAUGAUGGACAGGACCAUUGCGGUUUGCUAACUGAAGUUGUUUUCCAGCUGAGCCUCUGGAGUGGCACGAGGCGGCCGGGGAGACGGUUAAACACCCGCUUGAUUUGGGCAAUGAAGGCCAACUUCCUGCAUGUGACGCCACCUGUGAGCAGAGACAGAACCAUCUCCCACUUCCCCAAGUGGUACACACCUGAGGCCUGCCUCCAGCUCAAAGAUCACUUCCACGCCCAGGUGAGGAGUGCCUGUCGGAGACAGAACACAGGCGCUGUUGGGCUAAAAAUAUCAAAAGUCGUUGUGGUGGGAGACCUCUAUGUUGGGAAAACAAGCCUCAUCAACAGGUUUUGUAAAGAUGUUUUUGACCGGGAUUACAAGGCAACCAUCGGAGUGGAUUUUGAAAUUGAGCGUUUUGAGAUAGCUGGAGUUCCAUACAAUCUUCAGAUAUGGGAUACAGCCGGCCAGGAGAAGUUCAAGUGCAUUGCAUCCGCCUACUACAGAGGAGCAGAAGUGAUUAUAACAGUCUUUGAUUUGGCCGACAUCCAGACUUUGGAUCACACCAAGCAGUGGCUGGAGGAUGCAUUGAGGGAGAAUGAACCAGGCUCCAGCUUCGUCUUUCUCGUUGGAACAAAAAAAGAUUUAGUGUCUGACGCUGCCUGUGAGCGGACAGAACAGGACGCCAUCCACCUGGCCAAUGAAAUGCAGGCAGAAUAUUGGUCCGUUUCAGCCAAGACAGGGGAAAACGUCAAGGGUUUUUUUUCCCGAGUUGCUGCCUUGGCCUUUGAAAAAUCGAUGCUGAUGGAGCUGGAGAAGAGCAACAGCCGAAUGGCCCAAAUUGGUGCAGGAAACCUCAUCAAAAUAGAAGGGGACUCGCCGGAGACUUUGGAAGCCAACCCACAAGCCAGCCCAAGUUGUUGCUAGUAGCCAGCUGUGGGUAUAACAAGUUCCUGGCCUGUUGGAGGAUUCGCCAAAUUGCACUUCAGGGAAGCAGCUGAAUAUCUGAACAAGCAGCAGCAGCAGGAUGAGGAGGGGGGCAGGGAAACAGCGGUGCAGCCCCCCCCCUCCCCGCCAAAGCCCACUUUGCUUUGAUCUGCCUUCAGGGGAACGGACAGCCUCUCUCCUCUCUUUGGAAAAAUUCUAUUUUCUGAGCUCACGUUAUGGGAAAUGAUCUGCCUUUUCCAGGAGGGUGUGUUUGUUAUCAGCACAAUCUGUCUUUCUCUUUCUCUUUCUCUCUUUCCCUCUCCAGGAAACCCAUCCUGUUCCAAACUUGCAAAGCCUGUUUCUGUGGAAACGACAGACCUUGGGAGUGGAGAGCACACGGUGGACCUGCCCUAUGAGAGAGGCUGCAGAUGUGAAGGAAGCUCAGAUUUGGUGUCUCUCUGUGAAUUCAGUUAGACCUGGCGCCCUCCAGGUGUUGGGGGCUAAAACUCCUUCUAGCCCAGCUAAGGGAGCAGGUCAUUCUUCCCUAGAUGCCUUGGACCUCUUGACUGUGGCUGGAGGGAAAUGUAGUCCCAAAACAGCCUCUACCAGCAGGUGCUCCUGAGAGUUGUAGUCUUGGCAGCUUUGCAUCCUUCUCAAGCUGAAUUUCUCUAGUUCGUGAUCACCGUGGUUAAUCAUAGUGCUGACUUAAUCAUGGUUAAGAGCAGCAGGAGGAAUCUGUAGAAUCCGAGGGGUGAGGAAAUGAAGGAAGAGAAAGCACGUAGUCCUGUGGUCCUUCUCAGAUGGUGGUUAAGGAAUGAGCAGCAUCAUUCCAUCUUAGCCAGUAGUGGAUGGUAGGUUGCCUCCCAAGUCCGAGGUGUGGAAUGAUCCCACUUCUCUAACUGCCUUAGAUAUUAGCAGCUGCAGUUGUACAAAACUGGUCUUUAUUUUCAUGUCAGUUGUGGAAUUAAACGUGCUUUCUGAUGUCC